GGAGGAGCCUGUCUGUGUACGCAUGUGGGUGUGUGUUGUGCAUGCUUGUGUGUGUGUGUAACACACUUUGGACUGUGCUGUAGAUUCUGUCCUUUGCACUCUGGAUUACUGGUCCUUUUUUCUCUUCAGUGCUGCUCACCAUACAGAUGAAGGAAUUUUAACUCUGGCCCCUCGCUCAAAGGAACUUUUUUUCCCCCUCCUUUUUCCAUCCUUUCACACACUCACUUCUGAAGUUGGUGAGAGAAGCAGGUGGCAGCAGUGAGUGGAUGUGAAUGUGUGUGUGUGUGUUUGCUGUGGUCUGCAAAGGAGUAAACCACAGACAUGCUGCGAAACGGCACAGCAGGCUCCAUGCUCACUACCACGUCCACUCCGGAUCAGAGGAGCGAGCGAGGAGUCAGACGUCUCAGAUUGACUCUCCGAUCAGAGGACAUCCCUGGUGGACAGAAUGAGAGGACAAAGAGCUAUCCACGCUCAGACGGCAAGAUGGUCAACGGCACCUGGAUGAAGAAGAAUGGCCUCAUGCAGAGAGAAAGACCUCCAGGCAGAGAAUCACCUGUAGAGGAAAAGCACUCUUACAGUUUGAACAAUGGUGAUGUUGCUGAGCGAGAGACGUUGCCAGGACUCCGGGUGUAUGGUGCUGUGCAGCAGGAAGCAAUGUCUCGUGACCGGUCUUCUAGUGACCUGGCAGAUGAGAUGAGGUACAUCAGAGAGGUCCGAGACUCCUUGGAGAAGGUCAGAGAACGGAUGUACGGUCAGUUUGGAGGAAUGCAACAAUCAAUCCAAAAGCUCUCACAAGAAUUAAAGGUAGCUAACUCGCAUAAGAACUAUCUGGAGGCUGAGGUAAAGACGGGGAGAGCAGCUCUCGACAGUUUCGAUCAGAUGAACAGCUCUCUCAUAUCAGCCAACAUCGACUUGCAGAAGUCACUCCUGGAGAGUUGUCAGGGCCGUGUGGGAAACAGGGAGGAGAUGAAAGCGCUGCGCAGUUCCUUCGAAAAGACUGAGGAGAAACUGAGGGAGAGAGAGAGACAGCUGGCUGCUGCCCAUGCUGAAAACCACAUUCUGAAGCAACAGGUGGAGUCCUCCCAAGAGGCCAGUGCUCAGGCUUUAAAGCAGUUGAGUGAUAAACUCCAGCAGCAGUACGACCAGCAGCUGCAGGAACAGGAGAGGAAACACAGAGAGGAACUCGAGGCUCUGCGGGCCCAGCUUGAGGAGUACAUGAGGCGACUGGAGGAGGCUGAGAGGAACAUGAAGCUUGCUGAGGCGAAAAUAGCCGAGAGGGACCAGAGGAUCAGCGAGGUGGAGCGUCUCCUUGAUUGCAUGGCUCAGGAAAAGGCACACUUAACCCAGAAACUCUGCGACUGUGAAAAACGCUUACGCAGCAUGGGUGAGGAUCAGCUGGACUCGGUUGGCGCUAAAAAGGCUGAGCAGUUACAGAAGGAGGCGUCCGAGUUGAAAGACAGAAUAAAGCAUCUGAAUGACAUGGUGUUCUGCCAGCAGAGAAAGGUCAAGGGCAUGAUAGAAGAGGUGACAACACUGCGAGCUGAUGUGGCACGGAAGGAUGCGUACAUUUCCGAGUUGCUGGACAGACUAGCGAUUGUGGAGUGUGAGAAUAAUGAGUUAGAAGACAAGCUGAAGUAUUUUAUGUCUGUACAGAAAGCUACUGAAACUAAACCCAUCACGAAAGAUAUUGGAGUUGGCUGCGACUUUACCAUUAGCCGUCCUGAUCCUCAGCCGUAUGAAGGUCCGUCUUUCCCAAGACCUCAGAGCCGACUGGAGCAGAGCUUACUUCGAUAUACACCUUUGCAGUACAGCACCAUGCUCUCAGGACGCUCACGGGAAACUGCAACAAGUCCUUUAGAGAACGUUGCACCAGCUCCAAGGCCCACUCAUGAAGAACCAACGCCAUCUACCUCCCCAAACACAGAACUGUCAUCCUCUAGGAGUCCCCGGCCUCCAAUCUACACACCAUAUAUGAGGCUGAUGGAGAUCUCAUCUAAGCUAAAUAUAAACUGAGCUAUGUGUUGUGAAUCAUGCUUUGAAUUGGAAAAUUAAGUAUUUGUCUUUUAUUCUCAUUUUAACAUAUCUACUGAUCUGUGAAUAAAUUAUUGAGCAUAAAUAUGUAUUUUUCAUAUAUACAGUACUGUGCAAAAUUUGCAGGCAACCCGUGUUGUUUUUUUUUGUUUUUUUUUGGUUAUGCAUGUUUAUUUUAUGACCUCAUUAUUAAGUCAGUACUAAAACAAUUGUUUUCUAAAUAUCAGUUUUUCAGCAGGAAUAAAUAAAUCAUACAGGAAAAUAUAUGAAAAGAAAGCAGUAUAUUAAGCAAAAGAAAGAAAGCUUCUGGGUUUUGCGUGCAUGAAAAACUGUGACAAAUUCCUUGGAAGGACUGUGGGUGGCUCUGAAGGAUGUUCACUAAAACUAAUUUCCUGCACCAAAAAUUUGCACAAAUAUGGCCUAAGACUGUAUUCAAUAAUUAAAUACAAUAAUUAUGUAAUUCAAUAAUUAUUUACUAUUUUCAUUUGAUUACUGCUUUUGUAUAGUUUUUACACAUCCUUGCUCUACAGAAUUGACUUGCAUGUGCUUAAGACUUUUGCACAGUACUUAGCAUAGUAUAUAUACAUACACAGCUGAUGCACUUUUCACUUUGUUUACAAAACAAUAAACUACAUACUGAUAGUGUUGUAUGAGCUAGAAAGCUUUUAUUUAGCAUUCCUUACAAAGUUUUGGCUAGUUAAAUUCUCACCUUAGUAUAAGUUUGUGCAACAAUAUUUACAUUGUUCACAUGUGAUGCAAUAUUAAACAAAUAUUUCUCUUAAUAA